AUGGUUGAGAGUUAUGUGAUGAAAGCUGUGGAAGAGAGUGUGGAUGAUUCUGUGGAGGAGACGCAUGAGAUGCUGCCGAGUGCCCCUGUGCUGGAUGAGGAAGCGUAUGAGCUGCUGAACAGGCCCAAUCCGAGUCUCAAGUUUUGCACGCUUUCUGUCGGGGAGACCGUGGAGAAUCUCGAGACGGAUGUGGACAAUGGGUUGUCGUCGGAGGAAGAAGUCGUGAAGCGGAGGGAGAUACAUGGGAGGAACGAUUUCGAGGAGGAUGACGACGAGAGCAUGAUCAAGAAGUUCCUGAUGAGCUUUGUGGAGGACAGGCUGAUCCUGCUGCUGAUAGGGUCGGCGGUGCUGUCAUUUGCGAUAGGCCAGAUUGACGAUGCAGUGAGUAUAUCGCUCGCGAUACUGAUCGUGGUAACCGUUGGGUUCAUACAGGAGUACAGAUCAGAGAAGUCCCUUGAGGCUCUUAACAAGCUUGUGCCCACGAAGUGUCACCUGAUCAGGUAUGGUAGGGAGUCUAAUACGCUGGCGUCGGAGUUGGUCCCCGGUGACCUGGUGCGGUUCAAGAUCGGGGACAGGAUUCCUGCGGACGUGAGAAUUAUCGAGGCUGUAGACCUGUCCAUUGAUGAAAGUAAUCUCACGGGUGAAACAGAACCGCUGCAUAAGGAUGCGCAGACCAUCGACCCAGAAGAAUAUGACAAUCGUAAUGUUCCAGUCUCUGAGAGAUCUUGUAUCGCUUAUAUGGGUACUCUGGUCAAAGAAGGUCACGGUAAAGGUAUCGUUAUUGGAACCGGAACAAAUACUUCCUAUGGUGCUAUUUUCGAGAUGGUCAAUAGCAUUGAAAAGCCUAAGACGCCAUUACAGGAGACAAUGGACAGAUUGGGAACCGAACUGUCAUACAUUAGUUUCUUCAUCAUUGCUAUUAUUUCCAUAGUCGGAAUCAUUAGAGGUAACUCUUUGCUGAUGAUGUUCCAAGUGUCUGUGUCCUUGGCUGUCGCUGCGAUCCCAGAAGGUCUACCUAUUAUUGUGACUGUUACUUUGGCUCUUGGUGUGUUGAGAAUGACCAAGCAGAACGCUAUUGUCAGAAGGUUACCAAGUGUUGAGACUUUGGGAUCAGUCAAUGUUAUUUGCACAGAUAAAACUGGUACUCUUACUACUAACCAUAUGACAGUGUCUAAGUUGUUUUGUUUAGACAGUAGUGGAACAUACGAAAACGCAAUAUCUCCUGAGGAAGAUUCAGAAUUCGAUGUACAUGACAACGAUGUUAAGGAAACGUUAACAAUUGCAAAUAUUUGCAACAACGCAAAAUAUUCCGAAGAACACAAUUUGUAUAUUGGUAAUCCUACUGAUGUGGCUCUGAUAGAAGUGUUGACAAAAUUUGGUAUUCCCGAUCAAAGGGACAGUCAUGAAAAGAUGGAAGAACUGUCAUUUAACUCAAAGAGAAAAUACAUGGCUAUAAAGAGUUCCAAAGAAUCAGGCGAGCAUGUUUUAUACAUUAAAGGUGCCUUUGAAAGAAUUUUAGAUAAGUCUAGCUAUUAUCUCGACAAAGCUGGUGAAGUCAGGGAAUUUGAUGAACACUCUAAGGUAAUGGUCCUCGAAGCAGCACAUUCGUGUGCUUCUGAUGGGUUGCGUACGAUUGCAUGCGCUUUCAAACCAACUGAUUCUGAUAAUGUUAUUAGUGAAGAUGAUAUCAAUGGUUUAACCUUCACAGGUCUCUUUGGUUUAGCUGAUCCCCCAAGGCCAAACGUCAAGGCGUCGAUUGAAAAACUGCAUAGAGGUGGAGUUCAUAUCAUCAUGAUUACUGGUGAUUCUGUAAACACAGCAGUUAGUAUUGCCGAAAAGAUUGGUCUGUCCGUUCAAGACAGGGAGAGUUCAGUUAUGACAGGUGAUAAGGUAAGUGAGCUCACUGAAGAUGAGCUUUCGAAAGUCAUUGAUAAAGUUAACAUAUUUGCUAGAGCAACACCUGAGAAUAAGUUGAAUAUUGUCAAAGCUCUUAGAAAACGUGGUGAUAUAGUUGCAAUGACAGGUGACGGUGUAAACGAUGCGCCAGCUUUAAAGUUAGCAGACAUCGGAAUUGCUAUGGGAAUUAGUGGUACAGACGUUGCCAAAGAAGUGUCAGAUAUGAUUUUGACUGAUGAUGAUUUCAGUUCUAUAUUAACAGCUAUUGAAGAAGGUAAGGGUAUUUUUAAUAAUAUCAGGAAUUUCUUGACGUUCCAAUUGUCCAUAUCAGUUGCUACACUUUCAUUAAUUGCAAUUACUACUAUUGCAAAAUUACCUGCGCCCUUAAACCCAAUGCAAAUUUUGUGGAUCAAUAUUAUCAUGGACGGUCCGCCAGCACAAUCACUUGGUGUUGAACCUGUUGACUCUGAUGUUAUGGACAAGCCACCUAGAAGUAGAGAGGAAAGAAUUUUGAACAUGAACAUACUUUUGAGAUUAUUAUACCUGGCCAUAUGUAUAUUGGUAGGGACCUUUUACAUAUUUUUGAAAGGUAUGGACGAAAAUCAGCAAACCACUUCAAAGGACAUUACCAUGACAUUUACUGGGUUUGUUUUCUUUGCUAUUUUUAAUGCUGUUGCAUGUAGGCAUACAACGAAGUCUAUCUUCCAAAUCGGCUUAUUUAGCAACAGGAUAUUUAAUAUCGCUAUUUUAUUGUCUGUCUGUGGUCAAAUGUGUGCUGUCUAUAUUCCAUUUUUCCAGCAUAUCUUCAAGACUGAGAAUUUGGGAUUUUAUGAUUUAUUAACACUUGUACUUGUUAGUAGUAGUGUUCUCAUUGUUGAUGAAAUUAGAAAAGCUAUUUACGCUCUAGCAAGAGUGAAUGAGCCAGUAUACUCCUCUGAAGUUUAA